AUGGAGUUUGACACGUUCCCUGCCGCGCAAUACCGCACCAGCGACCCGGCCUCGUUCGCGCACACGUCUGCGCGCGAACGCUGGCCGAUCAUCAUCACGCAGGGUAUCGACGACGUGCACAGGUCAACGUCGGCCGCCACCGACGCCGCAACGGUGCAGGAGGGCAAGGACGUGGUCUCCGAGCUGGCGCGUCUCAAGUACGAGCUGCAGCACGACCGCGAGCUGACGUCCAUCCCGGACGACGGCGAGCCGGACGUGGCCGCGUACAACGACGAGCUGGCGACGCGGGGCGUCUGCAGGUGGCACAGCGUGCCGUGGCUGUAUGCCGAGUGCUAUCUGUACCGACGCAUAUCCGCCGUGUUCAAGCGAACCCAACACUGGCGCAACUACGACAUCUUCGCGCGCCAGAAAAUAGACACGUUCAAGUCCAGCCGCCCCGCCGUCCUCGAGCUGGCCGCCCGCUACAAGAGCAUCGUCACUGAGCUGCAGCAGAAGCACACGCUGGCGGGCGCCCAGUCGGCCGCCGACCUCGAGGCCGCCGAGGAGCUCCUGUUCCGAGAAAUGUGCGAGAUCUGUCUCUGGGGCAACGCGACCGACCUCUCGCUGCUGACUAAUCUGUCGUACGAGGACAUCCAGCAGCUGCAGGGCAGCGCGGCGCGGAAGAACAGCGAGAAGAACAUCCUCGUCAACGACCUGGACAAGGCGUUCCAGACGCUCCGUGCCGCGCAGAAAGCCGGCACGAAAGACCGUCGUGUCGACAUUGUGCUCGACAACGCCGGCUUCGAGCUCUUCGUCGACCUGCUGCUGGCCGGCUACCUGGUCGCUGCGGGGCUCGCCACCGCCGUCGUCUUCCACCCAAAGUCCAUCCCGUGGUUCGUCAGCGACGUGCUGCCCGCCGACUUUGCCAAGCUGCUGUCCGCGCUCGCAGCGCCGCAGACCUUUUACAGCGCGCUGAGCGAGGCCGACAAGGCCGCCGGCAAGACGGCGCAGCCCCUCGCCCCCGCGGAGCACGACGCCCUGACCUUCCUGUUCCAGCACUGGACGAGCAUCUACGCCGAGGGCCAGCUGGUGCUGCGGCCAAACGGCUUCUGGACGACGGGUGGCAGCUACUGGCGGCUCCCCAAGGGUGCACCGGAGCUGUACGCCGACUUGAAGGAGAGCGAACUCGUCAUCUUCAAGGGCGAUCUCAACUACCGCAAACUCACUGCCGACGCCGCCUGGGAUCCCACGACGCCCUUCGCAGACGCCAUCGGGCCCCUGGGCCCCGGCUCCGGCGUCCGCGUCCUGGCCCUCCGGACGUGCAAGGCAGACGUCGUCGUCGGACUGCCGGCGGGCAGGGACGAGGAAUUGCGGCAGAUGGACGGCGGCAGCACGGAAGCGGGCGGCAGGAAGUGGGCGUGGAGUGGGAAGUGGGCUGUUGUGCAGUUCUCGGACGGCAAGGCAUAA